CCGAAUUCUCGUAUUUGUAUCGUAUCGAGCUCAAAGCGAGCGCGCGAGAGAGAGAGAGAGAGAGAGAUGGCGAAUCAAGGAGCGAAGAAGCGCAAGGAAGAGAACGCCCGCCACAUGGCCAAGCUCCGUCACCUCAUCCUCGCCUGCAACGUUUUAUACAUUUUAGUGAGAAUGCUCAUCUUUCACUCCUCUUUCACCUGGAAACAUUGGGUUGGGUUGCUUGUCACAUCUGCAGCAUAUGCAAUUCCAUACCUGCAACUUGCUAAAAUGGCCCAGCCUACUUAUGCUGAUGAUGGAGAGCUUCUAGACGGUGGAUUCGACAUGAAUACAGGUGGAGUCUGUGGAUAUCUGCAUGAUGUGAUCUUCAUUACGAGUUUUGUGCAAGUGGCAUCCAUCAUUUCAGGGAAAUUCUGGUACACAUACUUGGUGAUUCCUGCAUUUGGAGCAUAUAAAUCUUUUGGCUUUGUUAAGGGAUUUUUGCCUGCAGGUUCUGAGGAUGACACAGAAGAUGAUAAAACUCGCAAGAAGAGAGAAAAGAUGGAGAAAAGAGCUUCAAGAACCAAGUUUGUCAAGACAAGAGCUAGAUAGGUCUAGUAAACGAUUCAGCAGGCUCAGUGGACGAAGAAUGGCAGUUGGACUGUAAUUUUGAAGUUGCCGAACUGUUUUAUAUUUGUUGGAUUAGCAGCAUAAUUGUUCAUCCAGAGCAAAAUUGAAAUCGGUACUCUCUCUCUCUCUCUCUCAUAUGCCGUGGAUGAGGCAAUUUUUUACAUCUGUCUGUCAUGUUGUUCAUGGUGCUAAUUCAAAAUGAGUACUACUCCUGUGGCGUACUGUACUAAUUUUAAGUCAUUUGCUGCAUCUGGCAUUGCUUUAAUUUGUAUCCUUAGUAUUUCAGAUGGAAAUCAAUCUGAUUGAUUCACUCUA